AUGGCCUGGUUGGCCCUGGAGGCCGACCCGUGGGUGGUCUCCACCAUGACCCACGGGUACCGAAUUCAAUUUUUGCGCCGACCGCCAGUUACAAGAACACCCUUGUUUACAACAGUGGCCGAUCCCCACCAGGGGGACGCUCUACAGGCAGAGCUGUCCACCCUCCUGGAAAAAGGGGCCAUAAGGGAGGUGGCCUCAGGGGAUCAGCGGGCCGGUUUUUUCUCCCGCUACUUUUUGGCCCCAAAGAGGGACGGAGGACUCCGCCCAAUUCUGGACCUCAGGGGGCUGAAUCAGUAUCUCCAGCCCCUGCGUUGCCGGAUUUUGACGGUCCCCAGGGUGAGACAGGCAAUCUCUGCAGGAGAUUGGUUCGCCACUAUAGACCUGAAGGAUGCCUAUUUCCAGAUACCCAUCUGGAGGGGUCACUGGCGCUUCUUGCGGUUCGGCUUUGCCAGCAAAAUAUACGAGUUUCAGGUGCUGCCGUUCGGUCUCUCUCUGGCACCACGCACCUUCACUCGAUGUAUGGAUGCGGUCCUCUCCCCCCUGAGGCACAAGGGCAUCAGGAUCCUGAACUACCUCGACGACUGGCUGGUUUGCUCAGCCUCAGAGGAGCAAUGCCGCCAACACGUCGCCUUGCUGUCGGACCACGUUCGGAGUUUGGGUCUGCUCCUAAACUACAAGAAGAGCAGGCUCGAACCGGCCCAGGUGACCUCCUUCUUGGGUAUGGUCCUGGACUCGAGGAGCGGUACAGUCGCUCUGACCCAGGAGAGGCAGCUGGCCUUCAGGUCCUGUGUUGCCCUGUUCCAGCUGCGCGCUCUGGUCAACUGGGGUCUCUGCCUUCGCCUCAUGGGCCUAAUGGCUGCCAUGACGCAGGUAGUUCCUCUCGCCCUCUUGCACAUGCGGCCUGUACAGAGGUGUCUGCUGAGCUUGGGUCUGUGCCCUCAGAGGUCCCACAAGACCAAAGUACUGGUCUCUCGGAGGCUCCACAGAGCCCUACGGUGGUGGAAGGUCCCCGCGAACAUAGGAGCGGGCCGCGUUCUGGGUCCAGUGAUAUACCGCCAGCUGGUGUACACCGACGCAUCCCCAACAGGGUGGGGCGCGGUACACGAAGGCUGGGGGGCCAACGGUGUCUGGACCGGCCGGUGGCGGGGUCAGCACAUAAAUGUCCUGGAGCUGAGGGCGGCUCUUCUCGCUCUGCGUCAUUUCUUGCCGAGACUGAGGGGUCACCACGUGAUUGUCCGCACCGACAGCACGGUGGCGGCCGCUUAUAUCAACAGGCAGGGGGGGCUGGGCUCCCCGGCCCUGUGCAAGCUGGCUACAGUUCUCUGGCAGUGGGCCCACCCCCUCUUCCUCUCACUCAGAGCCGUGCAUGUGCCGGGGGUACUGAACACCGCGGCGGACAUCAUGUCGAGGGGGGGCCCUCAGCCGGGGGAAUGGAGGCUCCACCCAGAAGUGGUGUCCGAGAUAUGGCGCCACUUCGGCAGGGCAGAAGUCGACCUGUUCGCGUCAAGGGAGUCGUCCCAUUGCGAGCUCUUUUUCUCGCUGAGGAACGACGAUCCCCCCCUGGGCUGGGAUGCUCUGGCCCAUCCAUGGCCCAGGGUUCUGCUCUACGCCUUUCCCCCCUUCACUCUCCUCCAGCCUCUUCUUCGAAGAGUUCAGGUGGAGCAUGUGCGGGUGAUAUUGGUGGCACCCCUGUGGCCCCACAUGGCAUGGUUCUCAGCCAUUCCGCCUCUGCUGGACGGAACACCAUGGCAGCUCCCGCGCCGGAGGGACCUUCUCUCCCAGGCGAACGGAGCCCUGUUUCACCCCUUUCCAGCGGGGCUCAGGUUGGUGGCUUGGCCCCUGAGAGGGGCGGCUUAUUCGUACCGUUGGCAACUGUUUGCUGCCUGGUGUGGGUCUAACCAGGUAGACCCCUACUUAGCCUCAGCUCAGCAGAUCCUGCAGUUUUUGCAGUCUCAGCUGGAGGCCCGGAAGGCUGCGGUAACACUGCGAGGAUUGGUGGCGGCAAUCAAAGCAGUGCGAAUCGGCGAGGUUGCACUGUGUGCUGAGGACUGUGCCCUCAUUUCCCGGUUUCUCCAGGGGGCACACAGGCUCACGGUGCGGACUGCUGGUCCCGCGGUUCCCCCAUGGGACUUGGAUGUCGUCCUUGGGGCUCUCCAGAGUCCCCCCUUUGAACCCCUUAGGGGUGCUGACCUGAAGUGGCUUUCCAUUAAGACCGCCUUCCUGCUUGCUAUUACCUCAGCCAGGAGGGUGAGUGAACUACAUGCAUUGUCAGUGCAUGGUGACUGCUGCCGGUUCUCCUCGGACGGUUCCAGUGUCGUUCUGAGACCCAACCCAGCCUUCCUGCCUAAGGUCCUCACUGAGUUCCACCUGUCUCAAUCAGUUGAGCUUAGGUCUCUCUCCCCUCCUGAUGAUGGCGAGGACGUCGAGCAGGGUCAGUCCACUCUGUGCCCAGUGAGGGCCUUGACGGAGUACAUCCGGCGGACUCAGACUAUCCGGAGGUCCGAUCAGCUCUUUGUCUGUCACAACCCUGGACGUCUGGGAAGACCCUUGUCUAAAUCCAGACUGUCACACUGGGUGGUGGACGCUAUCCGUCAGGCUUACGUCCUGUCGGACGUGCCCAUUCCUUCAGGGGUCCGGGCACACUCCACUCGGGGUGUGGCUGCCUCCUGGGCCUUGUGGCGGGGGGCCUCCCUUGCCUCCAUUUGCUCUGCCGCCACAUGGUCAUCCCCGUCGACCUUUACCAGGUUCUACCGUCUGAACGUCGCUGCCAGCCCCUCCCUUGGGGAUCGGGUGCUGGGCUCAGCCCGACGGUAG